UCGACCCGUUGGUGUAUACAUGUAAUUGGGAGAGAAGAGCGCUUGAGCUUCCCGGAUUUGCGAAUCCUGGGCGUUGUGUUGGAGACUCUUUUGUGGCAUAUGCGGCUUAGAUGCGCAAUUAUAUAAGAUAAUAUUUCCCUCCGCGUUAUUCAGUAUUUUAAUUGGUCGCAAUGGAGAUCGGAAUAAUUGAAAUGGCCGGAACGUUGAUCAUCUUGUGGCUAAUUUAUUAUUAUUUUACAAUGACCUUUGACUUUUGGAAAAGCCGCGGUAUCCCAGGCCCUGAGCCCGUGCCACUAUUUGGCAACAUUCGAGAUAUAAUUCUUGGUAAAGUGUCGAUUGGUAAUUACGUCGCGGAAGAAUACAACAAGUACAAAAAUUAUCCAAUGUUCGGUAUAUUUGCCAGUCGAGCUCCAAUUUUAAUUAUCAACGAUCCCGAAAUCAUUAAAGACGUUAUGGUCAAGAACUUUUCGUCCUUUCUCAAUAGAGGUAAUCGUAUUUUCGAAAAGGUCGAGCCUCUUUCAGCAAAUUUAAUCAAUCUCGAGGCUGCGAGAUGGAAGCCACUUCGAACUAAGCAAACAACCAUGUUCAGCUCCGCAAAACUUAAAGACAUGUUUUAUCUUAUUCUGGAGUGUGCGAGCAACCUUGAAACAACUUUGAGCGCAAAAAUCGAAAGUAAUGACAUCGUGGAAUGCUGCAAUCUUGCUGCUAGAUUCACCACAGACGUUAUUGGCAGAUGCGUUUUUGGAAUUGACAUGAACGCUCUUAAAGAUGAGAACAGUGAAUUUUGUAAAGUUGGUUUAAAGUUCGUUAAUGUUAAUAAAUGGAGGGCUUUUAAGAUGCGAUUCAAGCAAAUAUUUCCAUUCUUAUUUAAAUUACUUGGCCCUAUUAUGUACGAUUACGAAAUCAAUGACUUUUUCAUUAAUACGAUGACGAGAACAAUGAAGCACAGAAAAGAUAAUAAUAUUAAAAGGGGCGAUUUCGUUGACUUAUUGAAUGAUUUGAAAGACAAUGCCGACCAAUUAAAGGAUAUCGAAUUAACGGACACUCUCUUAACAGCCCAAGCAUUUGCUUUCUUUUUCGCUGGUUUCGACACUUCGUCUACAAUCAUAAGUCAUAUUCUUUACGAAUUAGCUCUCAAUCAGUCCAUUCAGAACAAAGUUCGAGUGGAGAUAAACGAAGUUUUGAUAAAUAACAAUGAGAAAUUGGAGUUUACGCUGAUCCAAGAAAUGAAAUACUUGAACAAAAUAUUUUGUGAAACGUUACGAAAGUAUCCGGUAAUUACCAUUUUGACUAGACAAGCAACAAAUGCAUUCACAUUUUCUCAAACACAAACAACCAUUCCGAAAGAUACAAGAAUUUGGAUUCCAGUGUAUGCGAUUCAUCGAGAUCCAGCGAUUUACACUAAUCCCGAAACUUUUAAUCCAGAAAGAUUCGACGAGGGCAAUAUGAAAGAAAGACACACAUUCAAUUAUUUACCUUUUGGCGCUGGACCACGAAACUGUAUAGGUGCACGAUUCGGUAAUUAUCAAACGAAAAUUGGAGUCAUAACAAUAUUGAAGAACUACAGGGUUGACAUUUGCGAUAAAACGCCUAUUCCUUAUGUCAGUAAUCCGAGAAGAUUUUUACUCGCGCCCAAAGAAGGCAUACACUUAAAAUUUACAAAAUUAAAAUAGUGUAUACUUUG